CCGAACACUCGCACGUAAAGAGACAGCCACGAUCGAUGCGUCAUUUUUUCGACAAUUUUAUUUUGAUUCGUAAACCGUUUCCAUUGCUGACCGCAGCGAACCGUCCCAAAGAGCUGCUAGCUUCUUCGUUCCGUCUCGCGCAUUCAUUUUUUAGUUCUUCAUUCCGUCGGUCACGUAUAUAUAGGUAUAACGAAAAAGUGCAGACAGGUUUCGGUUUAUGCGUGGCUUUCGUAAAAAGGCUACCGACGCGAAAAAACGUUAUUGCGCUACGUCGGCAUCGUUGGCAGCAGCAGAGAUCCGCGAACCGAUCCUGUUUACAGAAUUUUCUAUUGAGAAUGUUUUUCACAAUCAAAAAACAGGUGUACAACAAAUGAGCUUCCUGAAUUAAAACUAGAAGCGCAGAUUGAUUAGUUCGUGUUGUGUGACAGAAAAGUGAUAGGUAGGCUAGCUUGGCCAAGUCGCCCACGGUCAUUUUUGAUGGGAAAGAAAACUGCUUCGGAUGUCCGUUUGCUGGCGGAGGAGUUCAGCUUGGAGUCCGUAUGCUCGCUUCGUACGGGCCAGUGAUUAUUGUGUGUUUUCCAUUUGCUAAUGAUUGCAUGAAACAGCUAGAAAACGAGCUGUAUGAGCUGUCCGUAAUAAUAUCCGCGAUUGGCAAUUUGGUGUCUGUUGGUGUUAUUUUUUUCCCUGCCAUUCGAGAAUAAGUGCCAAUAUAACAGAAAGCUGUGCUUAACCAGCGGUCACCGAAAAGGCAAAAAGUGAGAUCGAAUGUCAAGUGCCCGCAGCAGAGUGCAAGUGUGUGCACCCAUUAAAUGUCGAGUCCACGGAAAGUUUGGCGUUUGAUGUACACAAAGAGUGACCGCGAACGCGAUCACAGCGUAGUGCAUAGCGGAACAUAUUAAAAUAGUGACGUGGAUCCGGUUUUUGCGUAUGCAGCAACAACCAGACGGAGAGGAAUAGCGAAGCCGGAAGCCGUCGCAGCCGCCGUUCGAGAUGCCGUUCAAGCUGAAGUUGAAAAAGUCCCGACACUACAAUGUAAUGUCCAAGAGUUUGUUCGUGAUAUCCGUUGACCAUCUAGAUUCCUCGACAAAGAUUGACUGUACAUUGAGUUCGGAGAGCACUGGUCAGGAGUGCCUUGAAAAUGUCUGCCAGCGGAUAUCGAUCCAGCAGCCGGAGUUUUUCGGUUUGCGGUACGAGGUCAAGGGAAGUGCCACGGGAGAAAUGCGUUGGGUCGAUCUGGAUCGACCGAUUAGCCGGCAGCUGGAGAAGUUUUCCGCUAACAUGAAGGUGCUCUAUCUGAGGGUCAUGUACUAUGUGCUCUCCGGAGUGAGUCUGAUCCACGACGAGGGAACGAGGAAUUAUUACUUUCUACAGCUAAAGCAUGACGUGGUGGAAGGUAGAAUUAACUGUGACCCAAAACAGGCAGUCUUUCUAGCUAACUACAGUCGACAGGCAGAGUAUGGGAAUCACCAGGACCGGCAUACGGUGGAGUACCUCAAGACGCUGUUGUCUUUUCCGAGGGAAAUGAUUCAGGCAGAUUUACUCGAAACACUAACGGAAGAGGUGAUCCAACAGGCGAAUGCAAUGCACAAUGUUACUCAGGGAGCGGCUGAGAGUUUGUACAUUUCCGCUUGCCAGCAACUGGAUGGCUAUGGCCAGGAGACAUUUAGCGCGAAAGACGACAGCGGUUCGGACGUCACGCUGGGAAUCUCGGUUUCGGGUAUCAUUGUAGCAAGCGAUGCGAACAAGUUCUACCCUUGGCGGGAUAUAAAGAAUGUGCUAAAUCAUAAAAAGUAUUUCAACAUAGAGUGUUCUGAUCCAAACGAAAAUGUAAGGUUUACAGUGUCAGACUCGACAACCGGAUCGUACAUCUGGAGGCUGUGUGCACUGCAGCACAGAUUUUUCGCCAGAUAUGAGAAAAAUCAAACACAGGCAAGUCAGUUGAAUUUGAACCUGUUUCAUAGUGAUAACAUAAACGACAGCAGAGAUGACUUGCUAAGUGAAAGCCAGUACCAAAUAUCAGCCGCAAUGGGGCAUUUGAUGGGGUCGGCUAAUUGGCAGAGCAACAAUGAGCUGGCCGCACACUCCAGUGUGUGGAAUAACGCCGGAUCAUCAAUGGGCAUGAUGGUGGAAGCGCAGCCUUCGCCCUUGGUGGCAUCAAGUCCCAAUGUAGGUAGUAUAGGUAAUUUGAAUAAUAAUAGUCUCAUGAAUGCCAAUGCAAAUGUGAUGCAAUCGCGAUCAUCGCUUCAGACCUCUGCACUAGAUAUCAAUUUGAACUCGUCUUCUUCGGUGCCAUUGGAAUAUUCGAAUCAUGGUUCGGGUUGGGCUAUCAAUCCCGCUGGUUCCAACGCGUCACUUAUCAAUCGUGCACAAAGCUCAUCAUGCCUAGACCUAAGUAACAAUAACACUCAGGAUCGAGAACGGCUGAAAGCACUUCUACCGACCUAUAGGCCAGCUCCGGAUUAUGAAACUGCCAUACAGCAAAAGUACCGAAGUAGCACAAAUGACGUUCGUUUGAGUAACGGUAAUCUUUUGCACUUAUCGGCGUCCCAAAUGCUAGCGCAAGACCCGGGACAUAUGGAGUUCAAUAUCACUGGUAGUCAACCGGAUGUGUCCUACUUCAACCAUCAGCAGCAGAUUCAGCAUCAACCAACUGUUCACCAACAACCUUAUCCGGAUGUGACCCAUCACACAACGACUCAUAUGAUCGGACCCCACUACUCAGAUGCGUCCGAUUAUGGUCUCACUCAUCGCUUUAAAAUGAUGAGAUUAGUUAAACCACCACCAUAUCCGGCGAACCGACUCAGCUCAACGUCUACACCAGAUUUAGCAUCGCAUCGGGCCCUCCUAGGAUUUCGUGGAGCUCACGUGUCCGGAUCUAGUCCUGAUCUAGUAUCAAGCCGUCCACUGAUGAACCAUCAUCACCCGCAAUUCCUACAAAUGUCACAUAACAACCACAUGUUUUACCCUGGUGGCACUCAUCAGUUAAGGCACUCGCAAAACAUAGUUCCACAUGGCACCUACGAGAAUCUGAAUUAUGUCGAACCCAACAAAGCUGGUAUGCUACCUACUACACAAGGUGGAAAUCUAAUCUACUAUGUGCCCAGAGAUGUGGAACAUCUCCUGAUAGCGGAAGGAUCACAGUAUCAUAAUGGCCAACUGGGUAUUGGUCCAAAAGCGCACCUCAAUCGUUCCUCUCAGCAUAUUAACGGCUCCAUUGAACCCAUAUACGAAAAUGUACCCCUUCCAUGGAAAAACGAAAACGAAUCAAUGGGAGAAAUUCGCAAUCGCACCUCCAGCGUCCAGUCAGCCCCCAGCGUCAGCCGCCACAGCCAGGAGCCGCACCUGGCAAUUGCUCAGCAAACGCCGAGCUUCCCCGUCCCCCAAGUGGAGCAACGUUCGACCAUUUCGCAAACAAGAUUUGCGCCUGCUGAGGUAAUUGUUUCGCAGCAUGAAACCGUCACGAUUCCACCGAAUCAACCGCCACAACACGCGCCGAGAGCGGCAACCCCACCACUACCUCCACCGGCUGUCACUAUUCCGGAAGCAAUGAGUAGGUCUAAUCCAACGAACGUGCUCGAUGCGUCUACUUUUUCCACUUACACCAUGGAUACUGCCAACACUACAACUUACAGUGCACCCGUACGCAUCCUAAGCUCUCGCUACUCGUCGUCCCAAGGAAGUGCCCAUAAUGAUUCCGGUAUCAGUUCCGUAACCGCAUCGUCUCACGUAGGAAGUCACAACCAGUCAACAUCGACUACCACUUCCACCUCGUCCUCGUCGGUGAAGGAAACCAAACGACGAAAAAUUUGGGAUAUUCUUGGUGGCCGAUCGCGUAACUCCGCUGACAAGCAAAAAUCGGCCACACUGGGAAGAGAGAAAGAUCGUAAAAACAAAUCCGCGGCAGCUUCGGGAUCCGGUAGUGGUAGCGCUAAUAGUUCCAUAAACGAUGCCGGUCAACUGAAACACCGUUGGUCAACGGGAAUGCCACGGCAGCAAGCUCUGCCUGCCAACAUAAGCAAAGAAAAGCUGUGCUCGCUUUUAGAAACCAAACUAGCAGAUCCGCAGCUAUACUGUGAGUUCGAGCGAAUCCCGAAACGGUUAGAGAACGCCAAAUACGAAUGCGCCUUGGCGGACGAAAACAAAAAUAAAAACUUCGACCCUAACUUCUUGCCGUACGACAAUAACCGGGUCCGAUUGACUCCCACCCGGGAUAAUCGGAUGGGUUAUGUGAAUGCGUCACAUAUAACGAGUACUGUGGGCAACAAGCAAAGGUUUUACAUUGUAGCGGAAAGUCCCAACGAUGCGUACACGACUAACGUCUUUUGGCAGUGCGUGUGGGAAGCGGACGUCUACCUUUUGGUUCAACUUUCCAACGAGCUCAAUUAUAUUCCGCCGACCAGCGAACGAUGUUUGGAGUACGGACAGUAUCAAGUGUGGCGGGAGUUUUCCCAAGAAACGGAUCGCUGCACAACGUCUAAGCUGCGAGUGUAUCACACCCAGAGCCGUCGAUACCGAUCGGUGUGGCACAUUGCGUACAAUGAGUGGGGCGAUCAGAACUGUCCCCGGGAUGUUGGUCAUUUCUUAGGUUUCCUUGAGGAGCUCAACUCCGUUCGGUUGGCGUCGAUAGGGGAGGUACCACCCUCGCAUAAUACCAAUCCACCGGUUCUGAUUCACUGCAACGAGAGCGGCGGACGGACGGGAGUCACACUGGUUGCCGAUCUACUCAUGUACACGUUAGAUCACAACCAGGAUCUGGAUAUUCCCCGCUUGAUUGGUCAAAUCCGCCAGCAGAGGGACAACAUUAUACCAUCACUAGCACAAUACAAAUUUAUUCACGCUCUGCUCAUACACUACUCGAAACAAACGCGGCUUAUUUAAUCGGCAGUAAGGAAGAGAGAGAUUUGUCGGCUCAAAAUUUAAUUUAUCAAGUGAAAACAUAAUGUAGCAACUACAUUUUCUCACAACUUUCAAAAGUAUUCAAUAGUACAGAGAGUGUACAGUAUUUUUGCAGUAAUCUGCAUUUUAUUCUUGUAUAUUCGGGACGAACCGAUAGCUAGGUGAUAGGUAGAUAGUGUCGAAAUAUAAAGCUAAUGUAGAACAUGUUUUGUGCUAAAAUUGAAAAGUCAGGAGUGCCUUACGAAAGCAAUAUUUUACAGGAGUUUGGAAAGUUGUACAAAAAAAAGUUGAGUUUAUAGAAUGCCAUUUUCAUCGAUAGUGUAACCGUUUUCUGCAUAUUGCAUAUUUUACACAUUGUAACGCGACAGAAUGUUGAGUUAGAGCAAGUAAGUGUUAAAAUUUGAACAAAAUGAGUAUUUUAUUGUAUUUAAUUACGUGUAAACUAACAAAUUUUACAUAGCAUUAUGAGUAGGCUCCUAAAUACGAUAGGAUAUGUAAGCAAACGGCUCAAUUUGUAAACUAGACAAACGUCCAAUAAAGCUUCCCAGUCUCUGAA